CUGUGCUCCGCGGUCGCGGGCUUGGCGAGUGGCGUGCGCUCGGCGCCCCCCAGCCCCACGCGCGCCGGGCGGGCGCCAUGGAGGAGGGAUCCAGCUCGCCUGUGUCCCCCGUGGACAGUCUGGGCACCAGCGAGGAAGAGCUGGAGCGGCAGCCCAAGCGCUUCGGCCGGAAGCGGCGCUACAGCAAGAAGUCAAGCGAAGAUGGCAGCCCGACCCCAGGCAAGCGCGGCAAGAAGGGCAGUCCGAGCGCGCAGUCCUUCGAGGAGUUGCAGAGCCAGCGCAUCCUGGCCAACGUGCGCGAACGUCAGCGCACCCAGUCGCUCAACGAGGCCUUCGCCGCGCUGCGCAAGAUCAUCCCCACGCUCCCCUCUGACAAGCUCAGCAAGAUCCAGACGCUCAAGCUGGCCGCCAGGUACAUAGACUUCCUCUACCAGGUUCUGCAGAGCGACGAGAUGGACAAUAAGAUGACCAGCUGCAGCUACGUGGCUCACGAGCGUCUCAGCUACGCCUUCUCCGUGUGGCGCAUGGAGGGAGCGUGGUCCAUGUCCGCCUCCCACUAGCGCCGCGCCACCCACCUCCGGACCCGCACGCCAGGACCUGCCUGCACAUCUCAGGCAAAAGUGGAACCGGAUGCGUCCGCGGCUCUGACUUCUGGCACCUGGACAAGCUCGUGGCUCCUCAUGCCCCCAGUGCCCCAGCUGAGUGUUCAGAGGGGACAGCAACGGCAAGGGACAGCGACCCAGGUUCACAUCUUUCUCAGAGAUACCCAUGGGAUGGGCACCAGCCUACCUGCCAGUGACU